AAAAAAAAGCUGUGUGUAUGCUGAACAAAAGAUUCUAAUUCAGCCCCCAACAUCCAUUCCUUUUCAUCUUCCCUCACCAACUUUCUUCAAAAAACCAUCCAAAACAAACCCAUUCCUCUCGUGGGGUUGCAUAAAAAUUGAAUCUUUGAGUAGCCCUAUAAAGUUCAAGAACAGGGUAUUCAGAGACAGAUAUCGUCAUGGCUUCAUCAAACAGUCACUGGCCAAGCAUGUUCAAGUCCAAACCCUGCAAUUCCCAUCACCAAUGGCAACAUGACAUCAACUGCCUCAGAUCUGCCCCUUACAACACAGUUGUUGGUGGGUAUGAAGAGAAAAGUCCAGACCCAAAACCAAGAUGGAAUCCAAAGCCUGAACAAAUUAGGAUUCUUGAAGCGAUUUUCAAUUCAGGGAUGGUGAAUCCUCCAAGAGAUGANAUUAGAAAAAUUCGAGGUCAGUUACAAGAAUAUGGCCAAGUGGGUGAUGCCAAUGUUUUUUAUUGGUUUCAAAACAGAAAAUCAAGAAGCAAAAACAAACUCCGCCAUCUCCAAAACUCCAAAUCCAAUCAUAAUUCCCCAACCACCACCACCACCACCACCGCUCCUACAACAACAACAACAAAAACAACUACUCUUUCUCCCACCGCCGCCAACCCCGCCGCCACUUGUUCUUCCUCUUCUUCCUCCGACAAAUCCUCCCCCAAAAUAUCACCCAUGAAAAGUUUUACCUCCAAUUCGGUGUCUCAGAACUACCUUCAACAACCCACCAACGAGCUCUUGCCUGAAUCCUUCUUCUUCCCAAUGCCACAAACCGGCGACGGCGGCGGUGUAAUCUCUAAUUUGGGUCAAGGGUUUUGCUUUUCUGAGCUUUGUAGUGUAGUGCAGCACGUUCCUGACCAUGGGUUCGAGUCUUGCACAAACCUGUUGCUGAGUGAGUCUGAGCCAUUUAAGAAAGAUUUGAUGAAGUCACAGCCACAGCCACAGUUCAUGAAUUAUCAUCCUUAUUUGAAUAUCUCUACGGAUCAAAGCCUUCCCCAAACAACUAUUUCCACCGCAAUUCCUCAAGGUGUAGGUGAAGUUUGUGGAGUAGGGGGGAAAUCAACGGUGUUCAUCAAUGGUGUAGCGUUCGAGGUUGGUUGUGGGCCGUUUAAUGUUCGUGAGGCUUUUGGUGAUGAUGCCGUUCUGAUUCACUCCACCGGUCAGCCUGUUCUGACCAAUGACUGGGGCCUCACUCUCCACUCACUCCAACAUGGCGCUUACUAUUAUCUGAUAUAAGAAGAAGAAGAAGAAGAAGUACUGGGAAUAAUGUAGCUGCUGCAUGUGCUUCUUUGCUUAGUUAGGGUUUAAAUUUUACUGUCUGUGACCAAUCUUUAUUUAUAAAUCCAUGAUGCAACCUAGUUUGUAUCGUCCCUUUUAUAUCCAAGUUUUUUUAUGUGUGCCAAAACACCACUUUCCG